ACCUCAUUGGCUGUUUAAGUGUUUCUCUUUUGGCAUCUACCGGCAUGGCGGCGAUCGGUGUGCACUUGGGGUGCACGUGUGCCUGUGUGGCAGUGUAUAAGGAUGGCCGUGCAGAUGUGGUCGCCAAUGACGCAGGAGACAGAGUUACACCCGCUGUCGUUGGAUAUUUGGACAAAGAAGUGCUUGUCGGCUUAGCAGCCAAACAGAGCCGAGUUCGAAAUGCGACAAACACGAUUGUGAAAGUGAAGCAGAUUCUAGGGAGAAGCUAUGACGAUCCACAGGCCAAGAAACACGUCUCCGAAAGCAAGUGUACCGUCGUUGAGAAGGGUGGGAAGCCCAGAUAUGAGAUUGAUAUAGACGAAUCUCUCAAGCUUGUUAGUCCAGAAGAUGUCGCCAAGCUGAUUUUCAGUAAAAUGAAAGAAACCGCACAGUCUGCUUUAGGAUCAGACGUCAAUCAUGUGGUUAUCACCGUUCCGUUUGACUUUGGAGCAAACCAGAAAAAGGCUCUGGGGGAAGCAGCUGCUGCUGCCGGAUUUAAUAUACUACGUAUGGUUCAUGAACCAUCUGCUGCUCUCUUGGCAUAUGGCAUUGGCCAAGAUUCACCAGCUGGGAAAAGCAAUGUUUUGGUCUACAAGCUUGGAGGAACAUCGUUGUCUGUCACCAUGAUAGAAGUUAACAGUGGAAUAUAUCGUGUUCUGGCUACAAAAACGUAUGAUGCUAUUGGAGGCGUGUGUUUCACCGAAGCUUUAGCGCAGCAUCUAGCAUCCGAAUUUCAGAGGUCAUACAAGCAGGAUAUUCGUGGAAAUGCACGCGCCAUGAUGAAGCUAAUGAACAGUGCUGAUGCAGCGAAGCACUCCUUAUCCACAUUGGGAAGCGCCAACUGCUUUGUUGACUCUUUGUAUGACGGCAUGGACUUUGAUUGCAAUGUUUCUAGGGCGCGGUUUGAACUGAUCUGCUCGUCACUAUUUACUCAGUGUAUUGACCCAAUUAAACAGCUGUUGGACCAAGUUGGAUUCAAGCCUACUGAUGUCAAUCAGGUAGUGUUAUGUGGCGGCUCUGCUCGGAUUCCCAAGCUUCAGCAGAUGAUCAAAGAUCUCUUCCCUGAGGUAGAGCUGCUGAACAGUAUCCCACCAGAUGAGGUCAUUCCCAUUGGGGCUGCUAUAGAAGCCGGAAUACUGCUUGGCAAGGAUAACCUCUCCACUGACCUGGACACCAUAACAAUUGAGUGCUCUGCUACAGAAAUCUUUUUGAAGGAAGCAGAUGAGUCUGGGGCUGAGAAAUUCACUGUUUUGUUGCCGUCUGGUACCCCUCUACCUGCACGUAGACAACAUUCCUUGCAAGCUCCUGGAAACAUUUCCUCUGUGUGCCUGGAACUGUACGAGUCUACGGCAGGCCGAUCCGGUCUGUCAGAACAAUGUAAAUUUGCACAGAUUGUACUUAAAGACUUGCAAAAGAAAGCCAGUGGUGUUCAUGACAUAGUGACUGUACUUACAAUGAAGAGGGAUGGCUCCCUGCAUAUAACUUGCACUGAUAAAGACACUGGGAAAUCCGAAAUGAUCACUGUUCAAGAGACAUCGUAGCAGAAGGUGUCACGCCAAGAUAACACAGCACUAGCCAGUUCGGUUAUUGUAUAGAUCCUUCCAGAUAACAUUUACAUGGCAAGGCAAGCUUUCUUCUCGGACUGCAUGGCUAGAUCACAUGUAAACGUGCUGGAAAGGACAUGAUUCGGUCUGUUUAGGACGUAUCAGACUGAGCUAUGACAAGGCACAUGGUGUUAUAUUACUGCGUUAAAUGUAACCAAUUGGCCAGGCAACUGCUGCUAUGUGCUGUUUUUAGUUAUUUUGUACCUAAUAAGUUAACUGUUAUAUUAAAAACCAAAACAGACUUGGAAUGUUUUCUGCAUCAUUGCGUCUCCUAAACUGUAUUAGUGUCUCAUUUUUUUUCAGUGUCUUGCAAGUGAUAGUUUAAGAGACUUCUGUUACUUUGGCUAGUCUUUUAUCUUAUAAAAUGUCAUUUUAAUUUGCA